AUGGAUGUCCCCAAGCCCAUGGAUAUCUCCAACCCGCGGCGCAUGCUCGUCGUCGGCGCUCCGGACUCGGGCGUUCUGGAAUUCCUCACAGACCUCACCACCACCGCCCCUCCCCCGCCUCGUCCUACCGCACCCGCCGACAACGACGACGACACGGCCGACAGCAACAACAAGAAAGACGACAGUAGCAAUGACAGCACCGGCGGCGGCACCAGCAUCGCCGGCCUGACCCACGCCUGGACGCUGACGACGCCCUACUACACGGCCACCAUCCCCAUCUGGAUCGACGAGAUCGCGCACCUCGACUCGUGGCGCGCCGACUUCUGCCAGCCCGAGGCACGCGAGGUCGUAGCCGCCGUCGGCGCAUGGGUCUACGUCUUCCCCAAGCCGGACAGGGGCGACGGCGAGGCCGCCAAGGCAGAGAGAGAGCGCGUGCUGGCGACCAUGGACGCCGUGCAGAAGGUCGUCGAGAAGGGCGCUGGGCUGGGCUGGGACGGCGUGUGCUUGGCUGUCGGGGUCAGGGGUAGGACGGCAGGGUUGGUGGGGACGAGCGAGGCUGUUGUGGAGGAGAGGGCUGCGGCUGCUGGUGGCUGGGGGUUCGAGGAGUGGGAUGAUGCGGCGAGGGAGAAGGGGUUUGAGUAUGUGGAUGCGGAGGCGAAGGGGAGGAAUGAGUUUGGCGAGAUGCAGGGCAUGGCGCGGGUAAAGGAGGCGCUGGAAGCAAAUGAGUGGGAGGGUGAGGCCGCGUUGAGCGAUCUUGAGGAUCUGGACGGUGAGGAUAGCGGGGAUGAGGAUUGGAGCAAGACGUUCGCAGCCGAGGAGGCCGAGAUGGGGAUGGAGCUCAUGGGACUGAAGACGGAGUUGAAUGGUGGCGAUGGGGAGGAUCAGGCGGCGCAGGUGGAUGAGCUGGAGCGGAUGAUGAGCAAGUUGAGUGGUAUCAGAGACCUGGCUGCUGGUAUGCCGGAAGAACAGAGGAAGAAGUUUGCAGCGAAAGCAGUAAACGACCUAAUGAAAUCGCCUUAG